UUCAUGUGUGUAUGGAGGCAGUGGCUUUGUCACUCAUUCUUUGAACAGUGUGCUGGCGCUGGUCUUCUGCCGUUACUACAUCGAUAAUAAACUAUAAAUACUACCAAUUUGCCAUACAAAAAAUAAAUAGCUAGCAAUAUGGAAAUGUAUUCUUUUUGAAAAUAUCAAGAACAACCACAUACUACAGGGACCACAUUCUUAAGCCAUUUGCCUGGUCUAAACAAGGAGUUGCAAUGAUCCACGCGAAGGAUAUCAUUUUAGCCUUCCUUCUCGUGGGCUCUACAGUUUGUCUGGAAGUGGAGAUCACACCCACCCAGGGAGAGAUCAGUGUCGGAGAGUCCAAGUUCUUUCUGUGUGAAGUUGUUGGGGUAGCAAAGGAGAUUGACUGGUAUUCGCCGAGCGGGGAGAAGAUAGAGCCCAACAAACCAGAGAUCACCGUAACCCGAAACGACGAGUCCUCGUCCACCCUCACGCUCUACAAGGCCGGGGUGGACAGCGCUGGAACCUACAAGUGUCUGGCCACCAACGGAGACGAGUCAGCAGAAGCCACCGUCAACGUCAAGUUCUACCAAAGAAUCAUCUUCAAGAACGCCCCCUCCCCCCAAGAGUUCAAUGAAGGGGACAACGCCAAAAUCGUGUGUGACGUCAUCAGCUCCCCUCCCCCCACCAUCAUCUGGAAACACAAAGGAGCGAAGAUUCAGAUGGAGAAAGAUGUCCGCUUUAAGAUCCUGCCCAACAACCACCUGCAGAUCCGAGGCAUCAAGAAGACAGACGAGGGGUCGUAUACCUGCGAGGGCCGCCUCAUGGCCCGGGGAGAGAUCGACCUCAAGAUCAUCAAGGUCAUCGUCAACGUGCUCCCUACCAUCCGGGUGUGGCAGUCGGAGGUGAAUGCCACAGCAGGCGUGGGCCAGUCUGCCAUGUUGACCUGUGCAGCUGAUGGAUACCCAGAGCCAAUGGUGACCUGGGCAAGGGCCGGUGUUCUUCUGGAGUCAGGAGACAAGUACAGCUUUAAUGAGGACGGUUCAGAGAUGACCAUCAUGGAGGUGGCCAAGCUGGAUGAGGGAGAGUACACCUGCAUCGCUAAGAACAAGGCUGGGGAGAGCGAACAGGAACUCAGCCUCAGGGUGUUUGUGAAACCUAAGAUCACCUUCCUGCUGAAUCAGAGCACGUCUGAGAUGGAGGAGCAGGUGACUCUGACCUGUGAGGCGUCAGGGGACCCCACCCCCACCAUCAACUGGAGCUUCGGCCUGCGCACCUUCACUGAGGGAGAGCAGGCACAUCUUAACAGGAUCUAUCAGGCCUCUUGGACUCGGCCCGAGCAACACAAGAGUCUGGAUGGGAACGUCGUAGUGAGGAGUGAUGCUCGUGUGUCCUCCCUCACGCUGAAGUACGCCAAGUUCACCGACGCUGGCCAGUACCUCUGCUCUGCACGCAACGCCAUCGGAGUGGAUUCUCAACCCGCCUACCUGGAAGUCCGCUAUGCCCCUAAGAUCCAGGGCUCAGUGACAGUGUAUACCUGGGAGGGAAAUGCAGCUAACAUCAGCUGUGAGGUCCUGGCCCACCCCAGUGACGUGUCCAUGCUGUGGCUGAGGGACGGGUUUCAGCUUCCCAACGCUAACGUCACCAAAGCCAAGGUUUUCCAGAGCCCCACAGCCAGCUACCUGGAGGUCACCCCAGAGUCUGAGAAUGACUUUGGGAGCUACAACUGUACUGCUUCCAAUGAGAUGGGCACAGAAUCCAAGGAGUUCCUCCUCAUUCAGGCUGAUGUCCCGUCAGCCCCGUCACUCGGGGAGGUGGAGCCGUUCUCCAGCUCAGCCAGGGUGGAGUUCCAGGAGCCUGAUGCCACCGGGGGUGUACCUGUCCUCAGGUACCAGGCUGAAUGGAAGACUGUGGGCAGGGGCAGCUGGGCGCAGAGGGUCUAUGAGGUCCAAGGAGGAGUUCUGAGUGAAGUUACCAUCAUAGGCCUGAAGCCUGAGACCAACUAUGAGGUGAAGAUGUCAGCCAUCAACGGCAAGGGAGAGGGUGAAACUAGCCCCGCUCUGGUCUUCAAGACAGAGCCUGUCCGGGAACCUGAACCGCCUAAGCUGGAGGGAACACCCCAAACCAAAGGCAACUCCCUCAAAGUCAACUGGAUCAAGCAGGACGAUGGAGGCUCACCCAUCACACACUACCUAGUCCGCUAUAAACCAAAGCGUCAGACCGACUGGAAGCCAGAGAUCCGGCUGCCCAGUGGCAGUGAGUAUGUGGUUCUGAAUGGACUUGAGUGGAACACGGAGUACGAUGUGUUUGUGGUGGCAGAGAACCAGCAGGGGAAGUCCCAACCUGGAACCCUGACCUUCAGAACCUCUCCAGAACCCGCUGCCAUCCCAGAUAUAGACGGUGAGUCUGCCCUGUCCACGGGCAUCAUGGCAGGGAUCCUCAUCUUGGCCUUCGUCCUGCUGCUCCUGGCUGUGGACGUCACCUGCUACUUCACCAACAAGUGUGGCCUCAUCAUGUGUCUGUGUGGCAAGCCAGGCAGCGGGACCAAGGGACACACCCUAGAACAGGGCAAGGCUGCAUUCAUAAAGGACGAGUCCAAAGAGCCGAUAGUGGAAGUGAGGACAGAGGAUGAGUGCACAGCCAAUCACAAUGCAGGUGGACCCACAGAACCCAAUGAGACCACACCCCUUACAGAGCCAGAGCUGGCUGCCCUGGCUCUGGACACCCUCUCGUCUGUAGCCACCAUCUCUGACACAGCCAACACAACCUAUGACCCCGCCCAGGACAGCCCCUCUAGCGAGAGCACCGCACUCACCUGUAGCCUGUCUGCCCCCUCUACUGACCCCCUAUCUACCCCUGUUACUGACCGCCUGCCUGCCGCUGCCCCCGCCCCGGCACCAACCCCAGAGUCCAACACAGUCCCCCUUAUCUCCACCUCUGACCUCACAGCAACCCCCCUGUUAGACCUUCUAGAAGACAGCUCUCCUAGAGCAGAGGACAAAAUGUCUGCCACUGCUGUUAGUGCCACAGAUAGCCCUAAAUCUCCUAAAAAGUCCCCUAUUCCAAUACCACCUAGACGUCGAAACUCUAACAGACCUGCUCCUUCUCCUCCCACUCCCAAGAGCCCCACACCUACCCACUCCUCCACCGUGGCCCCCAGGAAAUCUGCCCCAGACAGUCCCUCUCUUGCCCCCUCCACUGCCUCUCCUACCCAAAACACCAGGAAAGCUGCUCCUAUUGCCCCAGACAGCCCCUCUCCUGCUCCUACGGCAUUCACUUUCCCAGCCUCUGACACCUCCACCGAUAAACCUGCACCUACUGCCACCGGCACUGUUACCCCUGUCCCUGGUACCCCUACUGUCCUGGGCUCUAGUACACCAGCCCCUGACCCCGACAAACCUGACUCUACUACCAAAGACACUCACACUCCUGCCCCUAAUUUAGACCCCACUACCACUCCCACAUCUGUCCCUAAUAUAGACUGCACUACCACUCCCACAUCUGUCUCUAGUGCUCCUACUACUGCCUCCAAUGCUGAUGUAACUGCUGCUAUCGUACAUGAGAACACAACCAAAUCUGCCCUUGUUUUCCCAGACAUUCUCAUUCCUACUCCUGCUCCCACACCUGCCCCUAAUGCUCCCACUGCUCUGAGCUUUGCCACACCUGCUGCCCCCACGGUCACUAUCACACCUGCUUCUACUACCUACGACACCCCAACACCCACUCUGACCCCCCACAUACCCAUCACCACAGAGCCCCAAGCCCCAGAGAUAGAGUUUGAGUUGACCAAUGGGGUGGCGACUAAGAGCCCCUCCCUGCCCCCAGCAGGGCCCAUUAGGUUUCAGAGUAGUCCCACUCCCUCCCCUGCCCCUGUCCCUUCCUCCUCCUUCCAGGCUAACGGAGACGGGUUCGGGGCAGACCUCCAGGCCUCAGGCCCUCCUGCUCUGGAGGAGUUAGACAGUCUGGCCAAGGCUGCUCCACUCAACAACGAGAAGAUAUUUGGAGAUGAGAAGAGUAAAGCAGAGGAGGUGAAGACAUCCCAGUCAGAGGUGACCGCAGAACACAACGAUGUCACACAGACAAACACCAGCGACAGCAAGGCAUGAUUGGGCAGCCUCAGCCCACCCAAGAUGGCGGCGGCAGCAACACUCAUUACAGUCUGCAGCAGUUUUUCUUUCCAGUGCCCUUUCUGCAUUUCCAGAACAACAACAUGUGUUUGUGCAAUCGAGUCCAUUAGAGCACAAUCCGGUUGUGCAAAAAAAAUAUAUUCUCACGUAUGAUUUGUUUUGCUACACCCAUGGAACACUAAAGAACACCAUUUGAGUGAUCUCAAGUGGUAUAGGAGACAAAAUUACUCAGAGUUAUAAUUGUUUUCAGUGCGGUUGCAGAUAAACAAUGGAUUAUUCAGGAACAUAACACUGAGUGUACAAAACAUUAGGACCACCUUCCUAAUAUUGAGUUGCACCCACUUUUGCCAUCAGAGCAGCCUCAGUUCUUCGGGGCAUGGACUCUACAAGGUGUCGAAAGAAUUCCACAGGGAUGCUGGCCCAUGUUGACUCCAAUGCUUCUUACGGUUGUGUCAAGUUGGCUGGAUGUCCUUUGGGUGGUGGAUCAUUCUUGAUACACACGGGAAGCUGUUGAGUGUGAAAAACCCAGCAGCGUUGCAGUUCUUGACACACUCCAACCAGUGUGCCUGGUACCUACUACCAUAACCUGUUCAAAACCACCUAAAUCUGUUGUCUUGCCCAUUCACCCUUUGAAUGGCACACAUACACAAUCCAUGUCUCAAUUGUCUCAAGACUUAAAAAUCCUUCUUUAACCGUUCUCCUCCCCUUCAUCUACACUGAUUGAAGUGGAUUUAACAGGAUACAUCAAUAAGGGAUUAUAGCCUUCACCAGGAUUCACCUGGUCAUUCUAUGUCAUGGAAAGAGAUGGUGUUCCUAAUGUUUUGUACAGUCAAUGUAUAAUAUAUAUAUAUAUGAAGAGAUUGACUAUAUAGACAUUAUUUUAUUAUUUACAUGUUACAUUGUUCAAAUGUUUGAGGGCUAGUCUCAUCGAAUAGUCUCAUUGAAUAGUCUGUUUGCAUGUCUGAUUUCCAAAUGGUUCUUAAUGUUUUGUUUGAAACAUUUGACUGUUUUACUCUUUAUGUCUGUCUUAGGGUGGGUUAUCAUACAGAUUGUUUUCAUGUUUCAAACAGAAGUUCAUUGACAGAGACUGACCAGCUACUGUAGCAGCCCACAGUGCUGGGAAUGCUCGGGUUUCAGAGAAAGUCAUAUUAUCAUAGACAUGUAUCAGGAGUUAUCAUAUGAGAUGUCUUCAACUCACCGUACCUGGGGAUUCAUAAAAUGAAUACUAUAUUGUGCUAAAUGGAGAAGUGCGUAUUGAGCAGCUAAUAUUGUACCGGUAUUCACAAUGGAACACAAGAUAGAACAAAGUGCAACAGAUCCAGUGGUUCUCACAGAGAAAGGUUGUAGAGAAGAACUUUAAGUGAUCUAAGUGAAUGUCUCAUCAUGACCCAAGCUUCACCACCUCUGUGUUUUAACAUCAACUAUGAUGAGUAUCUUAUCAUAUUCACAAGAAAACAAAUCAAAUGCCUGACUUUUAUUGUUUAAAAUCAUGUUUUUGAAGCAAAAAUCUUUAAAAGCAUUUUUGUACUCUCUAAAUGGAAAAGUUUUUUCCACUCCUGACUGCGAGCUUGUGCGCUGUGACUGUGUCAGUGGGUUGUCUUGUCGUCACUUUCAAUAAUAUCUGCAUAGCUUUGUCAUGAAAGGUUUACCUGUAUAUUCUUUUUAAAAUGGUAUCUAUAAAAACAGUACAGCAAAUGACUUAAUGUGGUCAAUGUGACACAUACAGUAUAUAUACAGUUGUUGAUCUCUCCCCGUCACACAGCGCUCUACUGUGGCCUGUAACACAGCCUGGGGAGAUAUGUUGAGUUUUUGGCAUGAUGAAUUCAAACUGUACUUUAUAAAAUAUGUGUAACAGAAACCCAAAUAGACAUACCUAUAUUUAUUUAGGCAAUGUGAGUUUCAUAAUGAGUUAUGAGAGGGAGUUAUCAUAAUGAGGUCUGUUCAGGCCUAUAAAACGCUUUAUUUUAGUCCCCAGUUGUUGUUCAAGUGUUCUGUAAUGUUGUCUUUGAAUUGAUUUUGUUUUUGUACAAUAGCAGGCAUCAUGAGCUUGCUGCCUGUUGAGUUUAUAAUACCAGAGACGGAGGGCAGGGUGGCCAUCUGACAACAGAAGAAAACAACACUCCAAAAUGUUCAUAUGUUGUUCUGCCACGUUCAUGUAAACAAUCAUUCCCCUCAGUACAUCAGUGGCAUAGAACAGUCAUGCCAGAACCUGUACAAUACAACCCUCUGCUGUUGUCAUCCUCCCACCCUGUCCCUUGUCUCUGGAGCCUCGUGUUCUUAUUGGGUCAUGCCCAGUGGACCGUUCUGCUCUCAGCGGUGUACAGUCUGAAUACUAACCCAUUUACAAAAUAAAACAAGGUUUUGGAACCUCA